CAGGGGGCAGAGCCAUAAUAUGGGGAGGCCUCAUAGUUACCCCCAUAGUUACCCCCAUAGUUACCCCCAUAGUUACCCCACACCCGGCCUGAGGGCAGCACUGUGGCCCCUGGGAGCCGCCUCUGCCCAUUCAGCCACUGAGGGACCAACCCCACAGUACCGGCUCCCCCUGGCCCCACCGCCGGACUCACUCACUCUGGGGCCCCGGGAAGCGAACAUGAGAGUGCGGCCUGGCUGGGCAGAGAAUACAGAGAAUACAGAGAAUACUUGCUGGACUAUCCAGGAACCAAAAUGGCGGAGAAUGACUUCAGAUUACCCAGCAACCCGCGCUCUCCGGCAGGAGGUGGAGCUAUAAAGGGUUAUGAAGGCUGACCAAUAGGAGAGACGGGGCGUGUCUUGUCUGGAUUCCUUGAGAAAGUCACGUGUUCAGAGUCUGUCAGAGAAACAUGGAGCUGAGGGGAAAGGUGCUGCUGUGUCGAUAUCACAUUUCCCAGCUGUCUCGCUGUCGUACGGGAGAGAAAAUCCUAAUGGGACUGCCCCUGAGGGGCUUUUGCUCUCGUACACAAGGGGUAGAGGGACUUGAAAGAAGGCCGCCCCCGCGCAGGAUGCUCCGCAGGCUGAUUAUAGGCUCCGCCUUAGCCGCACCCCCGCUUGGCACUCUGCUCUACUAUGGGUCAGAACCGCAGGAGCGGCGGCGAAUGAGAAUCCUUCUGCAGGGCAUUGGUCGAUUUUGGAGGUCUCUGAUGAUUGGUUCCCAGAUCUCAGUGGAUUACUGGUGGACAAGUCAUGUGACCUUACGAGGGGAAGAUGAGAACAGUCCUCGGUAUGAAGCCGCCAUGUCUCGGUGCCACCAACGAGCCGCUGACCAAUUAGUAGAGGGGGCGGUACAGAACGGGGGUCUCUAUGUGAAACUGGGCCAAGGCCUCUGUGCCUUUAACCACCUCCUGCCCCCUGAAUACACUAAAACCCUGCGGGUCCUGGAGGAUCGGGCACUGCCUCGCCGGCCCAAUGAGGUGAAUGAGCUGUUCCUGGAAGAUUUCGGGGCCCCGGCGGAACAUCUCUUCCUGCACUUUGACCAAAAGCCCAUAGCGGCCGCCAGCCUGGCCCAGGUGCACCGGGCAACUCUGCACAACGGCACCGACGUGGCUGUGAAGGUGCAGUACAUUGACCUCCGGGACCGAUUCGAUGGGGAUCUAAAGACCCUGGAAUUAUUGCUGCGACUGAUCGAGUUCAUGCACCCAACGUUCGGGUUCAGCUGGGUGCUCAAGGACCUGAAGGGAACUCUCUCUCAGGAGUUGGACUUUGAGAAUGAGGGGAGGAACUCUGAGCGCUGCGCCCGGGACCUGCAGUCUCUGCCGUAUGUGACCGUCCCCCGAGUCCACUGGGACAGAACCAGUAAGCGAGUUCUGACUGCUGAUUACUGUGAGGGCUGCAAGGUGAGCAGCGUGGAGGGGAUCAAGGAGCAGGGCCUGGAUGUGCGCGAUGCAGCCGAGAAGCUCAUUCAGGUGUUCGCCGAGCAGAUAUUCUACACGGGAUUCAUACAUGCCGACCCGCACCCUGGCAACGUUCUGGUGACCAAGGGGCCGGAUGGAAAGGCUCAGCUGGUUCUGUUGGACCAUGGGCUCUAUGAGUAUUUGAGUAAAAGGGACCGGACCUCUCUGUGCAAGUUAUGGAGAUCCAUUGUCCUACGGAACCGGCAGGAUAUGGAGAAGCACUCGGCUGAGCUUGGGGUCAAAGAUUACUUCCUGUUCUGUGAGAUCCUGCUGCAGCGCCCCCUGUCUGUCCCGGGCGCAAUGGGCAGUGCGCUGACGCGGGAGGAGACGCGCUACAUGCAGGAUAUGGCGCGGGAGCACUUUGAUGACAUCAUGCGGGUGCUGCGGGCCCUCCCCCGGCCAAUGCUGCUGGUUUUUAGGAACCUGAACACAGUGAGGUGCCUGCACGUGAGUCUGGGGGCCCCGGCCGACCGGCACAUCCUUAUGGCACGAAGCGCAGUGAAAGGCUGGAGGCGACUCGCGGGGCAGAAUUCCUUGGGGGUCACUCGAUGGAUCUCGGUCACAUGGGAAAGCUUCAAGUUUGAGUUGGCCCUGAGGUGGGACAGCCUUGUGCUCCGUGUGACCUCCUCCCUCCUCCGGCUGCUCAUUCGCUUCCAAGUCAUUGAACAUAAUGAACAGAUGGAGACCUUCCUGCAGUCCUAGCUCCUCCUCCUGCGGCCGUGGGGCCCCCCAUCUCCUCCAGCUGAGGCCUACGGACCCCCCUACAUACACUCUAAUGGAGCUUGGGUGCUUCUCCAAUACUGUACUACUACUGUGACUCCUCCCACUGGGGCAGCAUGGAACUCUGGGACUCAAUAAAAACCUCUCACUUAC